AUGAAGCUGUCAGUGUUGUUGUUGCUGGCCCUGCUGGGUCUGUCCACAGCCAAUCUUCAGGACAUUGUGAAGAAGAGCUCACAGUACAGAAAAGUUUCCUUACUGAACCCAGAGCUGGAGGACCUGGUCCCUGAACCAACUGGUAACAAUGUGGUGUCAGCUCCUCUGACUCCUGGUGAUUUGGCACAGCAGCAAGAUGCCUCAUUCAUUUUUGGUAAUAAUGUUAACCUGGAAUGGCUGGCCUGGGACGGUUCUCUGCCUAACGGAGCUGUUGCAAUCUACAACAGUUACACCGAGCGCACCGACUAUGUUUGCAAAUACAAGUGUGAGGCUGGAUUCUACAACCCGAGCCUGGGCCCAUACUGCCGCUAUCCUUAUGGAGACCGUGAGUACUAUGCCCCCGAGUUCGAGAUCCUGAGCAACAAAGACAACUUUGAGUUCUUGGAGUGGAAGGAAGACUCCUAUGGUUCAGUGCCCCAGCAUUCAGUCAGGACCUGCGCAGGUGUUGGUAUCUAUGUUGGAAAGAAUAAGUAUGGUCUUGGAAAGGUUGUUCCUCAGUUUGAAGCUUUCUUCCUACCUUGGGAAGGCGAUGAGUAUUGGUACAAGCGUUACCAGGUCCUGACUAUCAACAGGGAUGCCUACACUCAGCACAUCACUGACGUCAAGUACAAAAUUGAUGAGGUUGCCAUUUUCCAGUAUCCUCCUGAGACCAUGCGCAUCUCCGGUGUCACCAACAAUGAGUGCCAGACAGUGGUGAAGACAGUCACUAUCUCAAAGACAUCAGAAGUGGAGACCACCUGGAAUAUUGGCCGAGAAACCAUGCUGGGUAUCACAGGAAGCAUCACAGCUAAAAUCCCACUCAUUGGCUCCGGAGGAAUUGAACUCAGCGGUGAGAAGACACUCCAGUUCUCCAGGGGAACCACUGUGGUAGAGGCACUCAGUCACUCUGUGUCUGUGGAGCUCUCCGUCCCACCAAACCACUACUGUAGAGUCCGUAUGGAGGGACGCAAGAUCAAAGCUGACAUCCCUUACACAGCUCGCCUCAGCCGCACCUACCGCAAUGGAGAGACCCAGUGGACAUCCAUCUUUGGAACAUACGAUGGAGUCCAGAUCGGAGAAGUCCGUGCUGUGGUGGACCGCUGUGAACCAGUGGCUGACGCCAAGCCUUGCCCCUGAAAGACUGAUGGAAAACACACCAAAAGACAUUUUUCAACAACAUCUGAUGUUUUUGAUAUUGAACGCAAAUUAUGUGUCACAAUAAAAAUAAUGCCAUGCACAUGUUGUGCAGUAAA